AUGGCUCGUGAAAACGCGGUGAUUUGUGAUAGCCUUGGCUUAACGUCAAUUCCUUCGAUACAAAGUUUUGGUGGAACGCCUAUCAAGUAUUUGUCCAUCACGGGCGACGCUAAGAACUUGAACAACAUCCCAAAGAUAUGCAGGAAUGAUUUCCAAGGAGCCUCUGCUGUAACCAGUAUGGCGAUAUCGUGGAGUCAAGUCCGGUCACUCGAAGACGAAGUGUUCGCGGAAAUGCCUGGUCUGAAAACACUGGCUCUCUCUGACAAUGAGCUGCAGAGUCUUUCCGCCGCUACCUUCUCUGGUAUAACGAGUUUAAGACAACUGGACCUAUCAGGGAACAAACACUGUUCAUUUGACGAGACAAUGUUCACACACAUUCCCAACAUUACCGUUCUUGUAAUGGGCGACAUGAACCUUCAAACGCUGAAGGAAACCUUCUUCGAGAGUCUUAUGUCACUUCGAGUUCUCAAACUAUAUUCCAACAACAUCAAAACCCUGCCAGAAAACCUGAUUGUAAAUCUAGCAAACUUAGAGUCACUGGAUCUUGCAUCAAAUCAACUACAAACCGUUCCUGUUCAGUGGAAACCAAAGUUCUUAACGAUGACACAGGUCCAUUUGGCAGAAAACCCUCUGCAGUGUAACUGCUUGUUGUCAUGGUUGCGAGAAAUGCCUGGUCACUUGUUUCACAGCGCACUUGAUUCGAGUUCGGUAGUGUGUAACGGACCACAAAAGUUGCGCUACGCUUCUUUCGCAAAUGUUCACGACAAGGACUUCUUAUGUAUUCCUCCAAAGGUGCUGCGCUGCGCGCAGACGAAAUAUUCCAUCGACAUCAACCAGCGACUAUCAAUUGUCUGCAAGUUUGACGGUGAUCCUGUACCGGAAAUCAAGUGGACGAGACCGGAUGGACAUGAGUAUGACGGUCGGAACACAUCGGAUGGAGCGUAUGAAGUGACCCAGAAUGGAACUCUGAUAGUGAACGGAGUAACGAUGAGUGACUACGGCGAGUGGAAAGUAAUGGCUUACAAUAAAACGGCAUACGAUGAGAUUUACGUGACAGUACACGUUGUCACCACGACAGGCUCGACAUUGACAAUGAGCAAUACGACCACAACACCGAAACAAACAAUAACGAAGCUUACUACACCAGCACAAAACGGCCUAACAGCAACCGCGACCCCAGAACUUACAAACGCAAGGCUUACAACAGCGACCACAAUGUAUACCGCGAAUGAUGCGACAAGAUUGUCUGGUGAAUGGAUGGAUUCUGCGCAGACUAAAAUCGCCAACGAUUCUGGAUUUCUUAUUGGUGUAAUGGUGACUGCUGCAGUAAUCAGUUGUCUGGUAACGGUAGGCGUUAUUGCAUAUUGCCUGAUGAAGAAGUUCGUAAUUUUAACUAACAAAGUCAGUAACAGAGCUGCGGCUUAG